AUGGACCCCAACGACAUUUCACUCGACUUGGGCAAUUUUUCCAUAUCAGAUCACGAUGAGCAGAAUGGGUUCCUUCAAGGAGACGAUGACAUGAUUGAUGAUGAAGAAUCUGACGCGAAUCUUAUACAUCAGAAAGCGGCGCCAAGUUUCGGCUAUGUCUCAUACGAGGUACAUCUGCACCCUACAUAUAGAGUGCCGUGUCUCUGGUUCAGCCUGCAUGAUCUCCCGCCAGAUGAGCCCGCCUUCAAUAUCGAUACCGUCUUUCGUCGCUUAAUUCCUGACGCCUACAAAGAUGGUCUCCGCCGAGGAAUGGGGGGCAUCGGUGGCAUCUCGGCAGAUUGUCGGUCCGGCCGCACUAACAGCUUUGCUCCUAGCAUCACCCCAUCACCGGGGUACCCUCUUUCUUUCUUCAUCCGUGCCUGUUGGGAGACGCUAUAUCCAGCUUUGAAUGCUCAAUAG